CUCCAAUACGUUUUCCUGCUACUUGCUAUAUUUGCUUAGAGCUCCUCGAUCGAAGCUUGUUCUUGUUAUCGCCGUCGACGGAGUUACAUAUCUGAAAUUAUGGCGAAAGGGAAGAUUGCGAAGGAUGUUACAGAAUUGAUUGGUAACACUCCUUUGGUUUAUCUCAACAAUAUUGUGGAUGGUUGUGUUGGGCGUGUUGCAGCCAAACUGGAAAUGAUGGAACCCUGCUCUAGUGUUAAAGACAGGAUUGGUUAUAGCAUGAUCUCAGAUGCUGAGGCAAAGGGGAUCAUAACACCUGGAGAGAGUGUUCUUAUUGAACCAACAAGUGGUAACACUGGCAUUGGACUGGCCUUCAUGGCUGCAGCAAAGGGUUACAAGCUUAUCAUCACCAUGCCUGCAUCCAUGAGCAUGGAGAGAAGAAUUAUUCUCCGUGCUUUUGGUGCUGAGUUGGUCCUUACAGAUCCUGCCAAAGGAAUGAAAGGUGCUGUUGCGAAGGCUGAAGAGAUAUUGGCUAAAACACCAAAUGCUUACAUUCUUCAGCAGUUUGAGAAUCCUGCCAAUCCAAAGAUCCAUUAUGAAACAACUGGACCAGAAAUAUGGAAAGAUACAAAUGGAACAAUCGAUGCCUUUGUUUCUGGCAUUGGCACUGGUGGUACAAUAACAGGUGCAGGAAAAUAUCUUAAAGAGCAAAAUCCUAACAUAAAGCUUUAUGGCAUUGAGCCUACUGAAAGUCCUAUUUUAUCUGGAGGAAAGCCUGGUCCGCAUAAGAUCCAAGGCCUUGGUGCUGGCUUUAUUCCUGGUGUUUUAGAAGUUGAUAUUAUUGAUGAAGUGGUUCAAGUUUCAAGUGAGGAAGCCAUUGAAACUGCAAAGCUUCUUGCUCUUAAAGAAGGAUUACUCGUGGGAAUAUCAUCUGGUGCUGCAGCUGCAGCUGCCAUCAACAUUGCGAAGAGGCCAGAAAAUGCUGGAAAGCUGAUCGUUGUUAUCUUCCCAAGUUUUGGGGAGCGCUACUUGUCUUCCGUUCUGUUCGAGUCAGUUCGACGAGAGGCAGAGAAUAUGACCUUCGAGCCUUGAACGAAAAGGAUUUGGAAGAGGGAUAGUUGAUAUGUUUCUUUGGAUAGACGCCUUGCUCUGUUUUUGGUGCCGUUGUGUUGCAACAUCUUUGAUUUCUUAAGCAUCAGCGAGUGAUUUUUUUUUUGAACUUGUUUAUGUACAUUGGGACUAGAAUUAUUGAUUUAUCAUGCUCAUAGUUAUGGAAGAGUAUCCUGACAUUGAGUUGAAAGUUUAUUUCUUUUCGUUUUUGUGGA